GCUUUCUCUCUCUCUCUCUCGUUCUCUUUAUCCAUACUCCUAAAAAAAAAACCCCUUUUCUCGCAUAGAGUAACGAGGAGGGAGUGAAAGUGAGAGAAGAGCGAACGAGGUGAUCGCGCUCCCAUCCCUCGAAGAACCUUAAUCUGAAGCUCCGAAUUCGAGCAAGGAGGAACACCUAAAACCCUAGCUCGGCGAGAUGGAGUCCCCCCUCCCUGGAAAUGUCUUCAGUCUUCCCGCCUGCGUAUUGAUCCGUUGAUCUGCUGCCGUGUGCUGCGGUAGGUGCCGGAUUCUUCUCCUUCUGGGUUAUGAUGCACGGAUUUGUUUGGAUUCACUGGUAGAGGUUGUCCGCUUGUCCCCAAUUUGGAGAGGGACUGCAAGAUUUGGCUGGGUUUUAUGCCAUGAGUGAAGUCUUGAGAAGGUUCAAGAUAUAUUUGAGAAGGAAUACUCACUCUAUGGUUAUAAGUAUCAAGAAGUUGGAAAUUGGCUGAUUAUGUAGAAUAUGACAUGGAUAGACCAAUGUCUGGAUUCAAUGCUGUGAAUAAGGUUCCAUUGCAUGGUUCUCAGGUAUAUGUCUGAAGAGGAAAUCAGUAUGGUGCAUGAUCAUAGAAUACAGAUGUUUGUUGUUGAAGUUUGAUUCACGUGAUUACUAUGCUUGUUUCUUUUUUCUUUUGUGGAGAUUUUGAGAAAGAAAAGUAGCUUUGAUUGAUGAAUUUGCAAUUUGGUACUAAAUCAUUUUCAAAGCUAUGCUUGAAGCUACUUUGAGACUGGCGUUUGUGUUUUCUGUUUCUGAUGUCUAUUAAAGUUUCCAAGAAAAGUUGUUGUGUUCCACAAUAGAUUUCUGGGAAUCUGUUAAUAGAGUUUCUUGGUAGUUGAUUGCUACUUAUUAGGAGUAAUCUCCCUUUCUCAACAUUUCCUCAUCCAAGACGGCACAUGGUACAGGCAACAUGCAGUUGUGGCAACAACAGUUGAUGUACAAGCAGUCCCAGGAGCUUCAUAGACAGCAGCAACUUCAGCAGCUAGAUCAGGGGCCAUGGCAAUCAAGUCCACUUAGCCAGUUGUCUGGUGUAGCAAAUCCUGCAACAGGAAAUCAGUUAUCUACACCAUUACAUGAGAUGCCCAUCAAUGAUACGUAUAACUACAUAUGGCCGAAUAAUUUUGUUGGAGGAAUAUCCAACUUACCUAGUAACACUCAGAUGUUUAUUGCUGGCAACAGAAACUUGAUGCAGCCCAGUUCCUCUGCUGCCAUGCAGAAUUUUGCAAAUGAUGUUAUUACAUCAAAUGAUCAAAGUCAAGCAAUGCAAUCUAUGGGAUUUGUGCCACAAGAGAUUAAUCAGUCUUUCAAUGGCAUGCCUAUUUCAGGCACUAGCUCUGUAAACCAAUAUUCACGCUUCCUAGGAAUGUCUAAUAGUUGCCAUGAUUUGAUGACCAAGGCAAAUGCAUACGAGGCAGAAAAAGCAUCGUACCCAUAUAGCACUGCUCAAAGUUACCAGCAAUCUGCUGCACAAAGUUGCUUACAGGAUAAGACUCUGUCUGUGCAGAAUUAUCCAGGAAAACAUAUCUUUGGCAGUUCUCUCUUACAGAAUCUAGGUAAUGAUGUUACAUCAGGAAACUUUCAACAAGCAAACAAUAUUCGAUACAGUGAUCAGUUUGAUGAAUUUCAUGGUAGGCAAGAACAAGGUGAUUCAUCUGGUAAUUUACAGGAAAAGCCAGUCUCAGAAGUAGGGAGUUCUAGUGGUGUAGCUAGUCUAGAUCCUAUAGAACAGAAGAUCUUGUUUGGCUCUGAUAAUGACAACUGGGGAUUUUCAUUUGGAGGGAGUCUUAUCUCUGGCAUGGGUGAAGAUAUACAUGGGCAUACUUUAGAGAAUGAUCAUUAUGGUUCCUUUCCUUCUAUCCAUAGUGGGAGCUGGAGUGCUCUUAUGCAAGAGUCUGUGCAAGCUUCCAGUAGUGACAAGGGGCUCCGAGAAGAGACAAGUGGUUUGUGUUUUCAAAAGACAGAACAAGUGAUGGGAAAGCCUUCGGUUCCAAUUAAUGUCAACGGAAAACAACCGACUGCUUGGGAUGAUAGCAACCUACAGAGUGUAACUUCUGUAACUUCAAGAUCUUUUCCUUUGUUUAAUGAUGCUAAUGCAACUCCAAACUCCUCUACUUCUCCUAGUAAUCAGAAUUUUUCAGAGUUUGCUCAUGAAGAAAAUGAUAGGAUUUUAACUGAGGCUCCCCAAGUGUCCUUCAAGUUGUCCACCCAAGGAGCCAAUAACAAAGAGUUCUGUCAGAAUCAAGAUCAAACCAAACUCGUAGAAGAUGGUCUCCUACCUCCAAGACCUUCAAGUAGUGGACUAUGGGUUGGGAAGACCAUUGAGCAGCAUGAGGAGAUUCAGUUCAAGUCAAAAGACAUAGGGGGUCGUUGGGGUGACCAGCAAAAUUUGCCCCUGUCCGAUGCUCCUAGUGGCUGGAAUUCUAGCUAUCCAACGGCAUCUAGAAGUAACAAGACUUUGAAUUAUCAAGAAAACCAUGGCAAUUUGUGGAAGAUUGGUGAAAAUCGAGUUUAUCUAAAUUCUGGAUUGCAAUCAGUCAAAUCUGAUAUUAGCAGUCCCAAGAUAGCCGAGUAUUCCUUAGCAAGUAAUUAUGGUUCUGUUAGGAACCCAAAUGCCUUAAAGUUGAACCAGAACAAACAACAACAGGUUACGAACGAACAGAAAUCUGUUUUUGGGAUACAUUUUACCCCUAAUACAUGUAUGAGCUCUGAAGGGAACAAAGAUGUAGAAGAAAAUCAGAAUCAGCCAAGCAGGAGCCCACAAGGAUGGGCGACGUCUCUAAAUGCCACCUCAGAAAGAUUGUGCAAUACCCAUGAGAAUGAAAAAGAGCAUGGAAGAGUUGAUCCAGGCAAAGGUUAUAUUGAAGAUGCAGCAAAAGAGAGGUCUCUGUGGACUAGUAAUGACCAACAUCCUUUCAUGAGUGGAAGCCAGAAGUCCUCAAUUCAGUAUGGCGAACAUACUGUGGGGUCUAGAAUGUUACAGAAUUCACUGGGAAAAAUGAGGAGAACUGCAGAACCUUCAUUCCCACCAAACCACCUAUUAAGUUUACAGAACCGAUCCAGCUCAAAUAGUGAGCAGCCAUUUGCCGAAACAUCACAGUUUUCUGGUCAUAUUGUUUGCAGCGAUCAUAUGGACGGAUCUAAGAGGAUUGCAGUUGAAACAGGGAAUCUUCUGUCCAGAAAUACCAUACCUGUCUAUGCUUCCAGCAGUUCCUUUAAUGGAUCAACUAUUCAAUAUUCCCAGAUAGAAACGAUUGCUCAAGCAAGCAAAAAUGUGCUUGAGCUUCUUCACAAGGUUGAUCAGUCAGGGAAUGGAAAUUCUGUGAAUUCAUCUGAUAUACCUGCACAAGCUGUUGCUGAUUUUUCUGUUACACAUGCUCACUUUGAUGGGUCUUCUAACAUAAAGGGAAUUGGAUUGCAAUUGACCCCUCCAUCUGUGCCAAUGUCUCAUAAAUCCUUCAGUGAUAUUAACAGUGCACAAUUGGACAAUAAUGCAGGAUAUCAGAAUCAGGGAUGGUCUAAUUUUACAUCUUCAGCUCGAUCUGUUCUUGCCCUUGAUGAUCCCUCUAAAAUAGACAAGUGGGAUAAGAUGUCCAGCCUACCUGGGCAGAAACUUAAUGAACACCCAGAAGCAAAUCAGCAUUUUAACUACUCAGCCAGUGCUGAUUUUCCCUUAGCAGGAAAUCAACUGCAGGAGCAGCAGCAACUUCAACAGCAACACAGUUCUAGUGCAAAAGAUCACCUGGAGCACCAACAACAACAAUGGCAACAACAACACAUUUCUAACACAACUUCUCGUGAAGUAUUGGAUCAGUCUGUCAAAUUUUCAUUUGGUAACCAAGUGAAUGCAAGAGCAAUUGUUGAAAGUGCCUCACUCACCGAGCAGCUACAUGACUCUAAUGAUGGAAGUGCAUCUGGGAAAUCUGUUCAGACAUCAUUUCCUUCUCUGGUUGGUACAUUACCAACCCCGGGUAUUGUUUCUGCUGCUGAAAAUCAUGUACCUGUUGGUUCACGAUUUUGCUCAGUGAACACUGAUCAAAUAAAGCCAACAUUUGCAGGCUUUUCUCAAAUUACAAAUUCCGGUGAGCAACUACCUGUUGUAGAAACGAAAUCAGGUUCACAAUCUUCAUUAUCAGGUUUAUCUCAGCAAGAUGGCUUCUCAAAAAUGUUUCACAAUGUGUGGACAAGUAUAUCAGCUCGACAACGUCAAGCUGGUAUCAGUCCUCUGCUUACUCCAAAUGUACUUCAGUUCAUAAUAAACCAUGAUAGAGAUACAAGUCCAUUGGGCCUGCCUAACGUAGGUGAUCAAGUGGACAAGGAAGAAAGUACCCCUGAAGUUGGUUCAAGAUCUGUGAAUUCGCAAAAGGGAGAAGUAAAUCCAGCUCAGGGCAAAUCCGUAAAUCUGAUACAAACUGAGAAGGUGGAUGUUAUUCCGAAGUCAGAGAAUGCAUCCCACAGCAUAGAAGAAUUACUAAAGCCACCUUUAGAUGCAGUUCCCAAUGUCUCAAUUUCAUCGUUACUUUGUCUGCAGCAGGAGCAGGAUCCACCUCUUAGCUCUCAGGUAUUACAUGCUCCCCCAGCAAGUAUUGUCUCCUCUAGCGGCGAUCUUGAUAUCUCUGGAUGCGUUUUAAAGCCUUCAGAUAUUCAACAACAAAAAUACUCGCUACUUAAUCAAAUACAAUCCAUGAAGGCUUCUGAUUCUCAUCUAAACAAGAUGACAGGAAACAUACCAAGAGGAACUGCUUUUAGUUCCAAUACCUCACAGAUGAACUUCAAUAUGGAUCAAAGAUUUGAUCACAGGCAAAAUGCAGUCUACAGAUUUUCUGCUGAUGGUAAAGUUGGAGCAGCUUCUCAGAUUUUGUUUCCAUCAGAUGCUAAAAUGCUAAGCUCUGAUUCAAGUGACAUUAAAGAAAAAAAUCCAAGCACAUCAAUUGCAGGACGGCCUGAACUCCAUACUCACACACGUCCCCUUAGUACAAAUUCCACAGCGAAUGUAUUGGGACGUAGUGAGCACACAUGGGUUAGCCCUCAUAUAGCUCCUUUCUGGUCUGAACAUUAUGGAACCUACAAAAAUGGCAGAAUGGUUGCUCUAUGUGAUGCCCAGAGGAGUGGAAAAACUGCCAUUCAGCAGCCCUUUGUUCAAAAAUUUCCUGCAAGGAUGGAUGAUAGUGAUGUAGUGGAACAAAAGCUUGACAGCAGUUAUGGUAGUAGCUAUGGCCAAGGUACAUCAGCCAUUAAGACAGAUCCCAGUAGAUCAUCUCCUUUUUUGCUGGCUCAGAACGUCAUGGACCAUGAUAUAAUUCUAAGAUCGAAGAAACGCAAAAGUGAAAUUACAGAUAUGCCAUGGCAUAAGAUCAUAACAGUGUGUCCAGAAAGGUCACAAAGCAUCAGGAUGACAGAGUUGGAUUGGACAAUGUCUGCCAAUAGAUUGAUGGAGAAGAUGGAUGAUGAAGCUGAAACCAUGGAAGAUGACCUGUUGAUGCCUCAAUCACGAAGAAGGCUAAUCUUGACAACUCAGCUGAUGCAUCAACUUAUUCCAGCUGUACCAGCUAUGCUGUUCGAAGGAGAGGCAACUUCAGCCUAUGCAAGUGUGACUUAUUCUGUCGCUAAGGCAGCCCUCUCAGAUGCAUGUAGCCUGGUUUCAUUUUCAGAAAGCGAUUCCCACGUUUUGUUGGGAAAUGAAAAUAUGAUUUUUGGGGAGCUUAAGACUUCACAGAAGGUGGAGGACAAUACUUUCUCAAGGUUUGCAGAAAAUUUCAUUGGUAAAUCCAAGAAACUCAAAACUGAUUUCAUAAGGUUGGAGAAGGGGUCUACAUUGUUAGAUUUACGACUGGAGUGCCAAGAAUUGGAGAGGUUCUCCAUUCUCAACCAUCUGGGCAAGUUUCAUGGCAGGACUCAUGCUAAUGGAGUCGUAUUCUUUCCGAAAAGGAACAUCACUCCACUUCCAGUGCCUGGAAAUCUUCCUGAGGGGGUUCUCUGUCUCUCACUUUAAAUCAUCGAUCAAUUGUUUUUUUUUUCUUUUUCUUCUUCCUUUCCAAAAGCCUGUGAUAUCAGUCAAUUUUCCUUAAUGCUUUUUCAACACCCCCUUCCAACAAAAAAUAGAAACGAGAAAAGAAAAUACAUCGUUCUUGAACAAUGUCAUCCUUAAAACAUGAACUGAAGGGGGCUGAGUUGUAAUCUUGUCAUAAUGUUUAGACAACAACCUAACAGAGGUGCUGGCUGCUGGAAUCAGCAUCCAUGGUGGUUGUUCAUCUUUUUAUUA